AGCCGGUGCCGUCCUUACCAUCGGUUUUUCUUUCUUUCCUCACUCCCAUCAAGCUUCGGCCCAAGACAGUCAUUCGUUUGUGCUUUCCGGCAUCUUCACGCUCUCUUUUUGGAAUACUAUUAUUCCAGUCCACUCUUUAGUGUUUGCCGUUUCUGCGCUUCCCUAGAAAAAAUGCGUUUCUCAACCCACGGCUCCGCGGCCGUGGCCAUGGCGGCCUCGCUCGCCAGCGCCACCGCGCCGGUCUCCGAACGAGAUCUCCUUAACCUCGACCUUCCCAAGGACCUCAGCCAGCCCAUCUCUGCCAACGUCGACCUAGGCGUUGACCUGAGUGGCACAACUCUCGCUGCUGGUGUCUUGGCCAACGUGGCAGUCCCCCCUGUCCUGGGCGCCGCUGCUGAUGUAGAGGUUGCCAUUAUCUGUGACACCUGCUACACCAAGGGUAACAUCAACGCCAGCAUCAACCUCGAAAACGUCGUCCCGGCUCUCAGCCUGUCCUUGACUGACAUCGAGGCCAAGCUUGACUUGGACAUCGAGAUCGGUGCCGCCGCUGUCAUCGCAGUGAACCUGUUCACUCCCCCCGCCCCGAUCUCCCUUCCCCUUCCUGGUCUCAAGGUUGACGCCUUGAUCUCUCUGGAUCUCGUCAUCGGUGUCGAGACCGCCAUUGACCUGUCCGCCGGUAUUGACGUGAAGCUUGUUGACGAAGCCCAUAUCGAGACUGAUAUCUUGGCUGGAAAGAUCCUGGACGCUGCCUUCUCCGGCCUCUCCGUCCAGGUCUUGCCCGUGGAAGUCCGUAUUGGUUGCACCAAGCUAUUGGCUGACCUUCGUCUCCGCGUCGAGCUCGGCGUCGCUGCUGAGGUUGACGUUGAUGACAUCGUCCCCAUCCUCGACCUCCCCGAGAUCGGUGCUGGUCUCGAGGUUGCCGUCUUCGCCAACUUGCUCGAGUACGUCGGUUUCUUCUGCGCCACCCCGUCGUGCCCUCUUUCCAAGGAGUCGUACGGUCUCAACAUCGGUGCUGCCGUUGAGCUCGAUGUCGCUGUUGAGGAUCUCCUCUCGCUUCACCUUGCCCCGACUCUGUCCACCGCUCUCCUGAGCUACCCCACGACCACCCUUUGCGAGCACCCGUCGUACACUGCUUCGAUCCCGGCUAUCACUGCCAGCCUACCCUGCCGGUGGUGUUCCCUCCGCCAGCGUUCCUGCUAGCACCCCCAGCUCUCCUGCUGGCUCUGUUCCUAGCUACCCUGCUGGCGGCGUCCCCGUCGGUCCUACCGGUAGCUACCCCGUUGCCGGCACUACCGCCCCGGCCUACCCUACCGAGAUCCCCCCUUACCCGACUAGCACCCCUUGCACCACCCUGGCCACCCGCCAGCCCAGUGCUAGUGCCAGCUACCCCAGCACUCCCAGCUACCCUGCUGGUGAGACCCC